UCGGUGUAGAAAUCUAUUACAAAAGCGAAACAAGGCUGUGUACAGUGCACCUUAAGAAAACCCUGUGUUGGACGUGAUUGGCAAAGACAUUAUUCUAUCCUUGGUACCCUGCCGUUCCGGGAUUACAGUGACGUCACGCUGAUACCCUUGCAUGGAUGAAUGCUAAAGAACUAUAGAGCCACAAAUAAUAGCACAAGCAGAGUCCAUAUCUUGGAAGACUUACGUUAUCCUUUAAGCCUCCUUCAGCGAACACAACAACAUUUUUUUUUGCGUUUAAUGACGCUUAAUUUCAUUUCUUAUCGGGUCCUUGGGGGGAUUAUUCAUUCAUAUAAAACAAUCUGCAGCUGGUGCCAGCCUAAAGUCUCCCUCCUAUGAGUGAAGUCAUCUAUUAUUGAGCGAAAGGCCGUGCGUGGAAAUGUGUGUAAGACGGUGGAUUUGAAGUAGAAUUGGUUGCAAUCGAUCAAGGGUGAAGAAUAUUCCUGAUGGUAACAAAAGAAGCAGCUAUGUCUUUCUCGCAAUUUGGAUACCCCUACAAUGCAACUUCACAGUUUUUCGUGUCGGCAAACCCCAGUACGACUUGCUGCGAUUCGAUUUCCAGGUCGGUCUCUGACGGGACAGGCAGCUCCCAGACCGCCGCUGCCGCCGCCGCCGCCGCCUCCUUCUGCUGCCCGUCCUACGAGAACCGGCUCCUGGCGAGCAGCCGGACGGAGCUGAACGCAGCGCUGGGGAUGUACAGCUCUCCCUACGCCGCAGCGGCCGCAGCCAGCCAGAACUACGCCAACUACUUCCCCUACAGCACCGAUCCAUCCGCGAUCUACUCCACUCUGAAUCCACAGUAUGACAUUAAGGACAGCACGGGCACUUUACACUCUGGCAUCACUCAAACAGCUGCCUACUACCCUUAUGACCACUCACUGGGACAAUAUCAAUAUGACAGAUACGGGACAGUAGACUUUAAUGGCACAGCUAGAAGGAAGAAUGCAACCCGUGAAACCACCAGCACCCUGAAAACAUGGUUAUAUGAGCACCGUAAGAACCCCUACCCCACCAAGGGAGAGAAGAUCAUGCUGGCUAUCAUCACCAAAAUGACCCUCACCCAGGUGUCCACCUGGUUCGCCAACGCCCGGAGGAGGCUAAAGAAGGAGAACAAGAUGACCUGGUCGCCAAAGAAUAAGGCCAAUGAUGACAGGAAGGAUGACCUGAGCAAAAGCGACCAAGAAUGUGUCACCAAAGAUUCCAGUGAUUGCAAAGAGGAGAAGGAUCUACAUCUGAGUGACCUGGAGGACAUGGACGACGAUGACUGCGAUAAGCUGGACAGUGACUGUGAAAAGGUGGCAGCAGAUGAGCAGGACCUCCACAGGGCCAUGGCAGUGGCUCCUCAGAAAAGAGACUGCAGCUCUGAGCUGCACCUGAGUUUAACUAACAGCUUCCACUCCUUCCCCUGUGCCAUCAAAAGUGUCACCACGCUCCCUCCUCUCCCGUCUGACUUCCUGGAUCCUGUGGUGUCCAAGACUCCCUCCUUGACCGGCCCAGCAGCAGGGACGGUGUCGCUGUCUCACUUUGAAGCAUCAGAUAAGCCACGGAUUUGGUCUCUGGCUCGUACGGCUGCUUCGGGGGUCAUUCUGAGCCCUCAGCAGCAUGGCUCUGAGCUGAGGACAGGCAACACCACUGGGGACUGCCAGCUACAGAGCACCAGGCUUACUGGGGCUCCUACUGGACAGUGUGGGGGCAUGAGAGGCCUCCAUGAAUCUAGCAGUGUCACCAACACUGAGAGCCCCUUCCCGGAGGGUUCAUCCUUGCACUCCAAAGUCUACGGCUCAAGCAGCUACAGUCACAAAGGCCUCCAGCUUCACUGUUCAUCCUAUUCUGCUCUCCCAGACACAUGUCAAUAUUCCACUAUUGAAGGAUUCUCCGGCAGCAAAGCAGACACACAGUCGUCUGACCUCAGUGAAGCCUGUGGGACCAUGCAGGAUGACAAGGUCACUGCGUUCAGACCAGUGAUGAAGAGGUGAAGCAGAUCUCUGGAAAAUGUACCACAAUAAAUAAUUCGACAUUUAUUAUGCACUAAAGGACACACUGGCUGAGUAGCGGCCUCAGUAGGACACAUGGGAGCUACCUGGCGCUGCUGCAGUGAGAGCUGUCAAACUGUGGACGUGGCUAUCAUUUUGCACAACAUUGUUUGUAUGGUGUUAAAGACUUUAUGCAAAAAUUCUAGAUGCAAAGGUAUGAGAAUGGCCAAAUACAAGCGGCCGAAUUUGUGUAUGGCAAUCGUGUAGUGUGUAGCAAACUUAUUUAUUUCUCUGUGUAUUUAUUAUUUUUCUUAUGUCGUCUGCUUAUUAUUCUUAUUAUUUAACGUGUUUAUUGGUUGGAUUUGUAUCCCCUUUAAGUAUUUUGUUACAUGUUUUACUGUGGCUUCGUGUCAUUUUGCCUGAUGUAAAAGAGAAAAAGCCUGUCGGACUUUCUGGACUGGAUCCGCUGUGUUACGCGUGGAUUUUAAAGAUUGUUUGUCGUUGUGUUCAAAUGUGAGCUUCUCCUGUGUUUGCCAUUCAUGAAUUUUUUUUCUAACAAUACAGUUUUCUUUUUUCCAAGA